AGGUGGAGCUAAGUGCUAAAUAAUAAUGAUGUUUAAAUUAACAUUAACCCGUCAAAGGUAACAUCUGGAUGUGGGAGGUCUCGAGUGGCGUCAUUUAAGCGUUCUCGGCGAUACCCUUUGCAUCGAAGAUGAAGCCUCCCAAUAUUGAUAGCAUAAAGCCCCGGUUAGAUGUUGCUUUCGCUGCAGACCAAGGAGGGAAAGCACAAUGGCGGAAUCCGAUGGCCGGCCGCUUCCCACUACGACGACGCCUCACGUUUUGAUCUUCCCUUUCCCUGCGCAAGGCCACAUCACCUCCAUGCUCAACUUAGCCGAGCUCCUCUGCCUCUCCAACCUCAGAGUCACCUUCCUCAACUCUGACUACAACCACCGCCGCCUCCUCCAGUUUACCUCCGUCCAAUCCCGUUUCGCUGUCUACCCCGAGCUCUUCUACAUGCUGGGCAUCGCCGACGGCCUGCCUACCGACCACCCCCGCAGCGGCGAGCAGAUUCUCGACCUCUUCGAAUCCAUGAGAUCGGUAACCAAACCCUUGUUCAAGGAUUUGCUUCUCUCGAUUCGCCCGCCGCUCGACUGCGUGAUUAGCGACGGAGGUCUCGACUUCCCUCUCGAUGUUGCCGGCGAGGUCGGGAUCCCGGUCGUUCAUUUCCGUACAAUCGGCGCCAGCUGCUUCUGGACUUAUUUCUGCAUCCCUGACUUGAUUGAAGCCGGCGAGCUCCCAAUCCAAGGAGCAGGGGAAGAAGAAAUGGACAGACUGAUAACCAAAGUUCCCGGAGCAGAGGGAUUUCUCAGAUGCAGAGAUCUCCCGAGCUUGUGCCGCGGAAGAGAUCUCUCUCAUUCCUACCUCCAAGGUAUGGUUUCCGCUACUAGACUGUCCUCCAAAGCUUAUGCGCUGAUCCUCAACACAUUCCCUGACUUAGAAGAAUCAUCCUCGUCGUCGUCGAGUCUCUGGGAAGAAGACAGAACCUGCUUGGGAUGGCUAAACGGGCAGCCUCCAAAAUCCGUCCUUUAUGUGAACUUCGGCAGCAUUACAGUGAUGAAACCAGACGAUAUAAUCGAAAUCUGGCACGGUCUCAUCAACAGCAAGCAGCGAUUCUUAUGGGUUAUGAGGCAGGGAUCGGUCGUCGCGGAGCUUGGAAGCAACAGCAACACCAGCACUUUCCCUGAAGAGCUGGUGAAAGGGUAUCCAGGCGAAGAACACAUGGUGGUGUCAGGGUGGGUGCCGCAGAAGGAAGUGCUGGAUCAUGGCGCCGUGGGUGGGUUUCUGACGCACAGCGGGUGGAACUCGACUCUGGAGACGAUUGUGGCUGGUGUGCCGAUGAUUUGCCUGCCGUAUUUCGCCGACCAGCAAGUGAACAGCAGGUUUACGAGCGAGGUGUGGAAGCUGGGGCUGGAUAUGAAGGAUGCCUGCGAGAGGAAGGUGGUGGAGAAGGUGGUGACUGAAUUGAUGGUGGAGAGAAGGGAAGAGUUGGGGUCGAGGGCGGCGAGGAUGGCCGAGUUGGCGAGAUGGAGUGUUGGUUUAGAUGGGUCGUCGGGUAGGAAUCUGGAGGCUUUGAUUGAGGAUAUCAGAUCGAUGAGGAGGUCGUAAGCUGCUGCUUGGAAUGGAUGAAGUCAAUGUGCUGUCCUCGAACAGGAGGAGGAGUGAAAAACACCUUCAUUUUCUUCAGCGUCCAGAAGAGGUAAGGCAAGAUCGACGUCGUUUUACCCUGUUUUUGCCUGAAGUACCGUUACUCCCAAGGAAACAAAUUUGGUUCCCUGCAAUCCCUUCAUUUUCUGCAGCGUCAAGAGUUUCAUAGUUGGAUAGCUUUGUCUCGUGACUGUAUGUUACUGAUAGAUUGGACAACCUGAAUGAAACUACAGCCCUCAAGUUUUUAGGGUGUAUCAAUCUCAAUCGAGUGUUAGCCUCCGAAAUUAGUUCAGUGUUUUAUGAAUUUUAUGAAUGAACGAAUUCAAAUUCAUUAAAGUUUGGGUAAUGCUUAUGGUAACUUUUGAUAAAAUUUCAAAUUUCGGUGAUUUGGAGUUUAAUAAAGGAAUUCAGUCGACUGUAUUUCUUUGCCGCUCAAUCGAUAUCAUAAAUAUAUAAUGUAAUAUGUUUCGAAUAAUUUAUAAUAGUCAAUCACACUCUUCCACACGCGGACCUAAGGACAAAAUCAAGAAAUUUAUUCUCUCAACAUGAAGAUUGGAAGAACAUAGAAGUUGUGAUGAAAUACCUCAAGUAGUCCAGUUUUUUUUUCAUGAGUUGGCAUCGAUUGCAUCGACUACUUCCAUUGUGAUGGCUCAUCGGUUCUUGAAAGAGUUUGGGAAGUAUGUUGAAUAGCAAGGAUAAUGCCGUAGUAAGGAUGAAUGUGAAGAUGAAAGCAAAGGUUGAUAAGUAUUGGUUUGAGAGGAGCAUGGUAUUCUGAUAAUUAUUGGUUUACAUGACGUCAUGGUGUUUGAUCAUCACCACAAGAUGAAGUAUUCAGAUCAUAUUCUUAAGAAGAUUUGUGGAAAGGGUUGGGAAGAAGACUUGGCUAAUUGGAUUUGGGAACUUAAAGUGUGAUUAUGUUAAUUCUGUGAUAUUUGUUACAUGUACAUUUUUUUUCAGAAACAUGUUGUUGGUCACUAAAAAAAGAAAAUAUAUAUUGGUUAUUGGGUUUUAAAACUGGAUAUCGAACCAAAAUUGUUUGAUCUGAUUCUGAUUAAAACCGUAAGACAUUUGGUUAAAAAUUGAUGUAGGAAGUCCGAGGAAAAUAAGUUAUGCAAGUGACGAGUGGGGUUGAGGAGAUAUAUAAACUAGGUGAUUAGCGUAUACUUUGGAAAAUAUAAUUUCAAUUUAAUU